UAUAGGAAGAGUAAGAUAUUAUUUUUCUAGAAAGAGUUUUUAAGAUAUCGAUAGAUACGAAUAGACUUAAAUCAAUAAUUAAAUAUUGAAAUUGUCUUAAGUUAAAUAUAUUUGUAAUCAUAUAAUUUUUUAGAGACCAAGCGCAAGACCCAUUUAAAUAUUAAAGCAAACAUAAAUGAUAAGAUAAGUAGCUUUUAAGUAAAUACAGCUUUUGAAUUAAAUCAACAAAGCUCAUUUUAGCAGAUUUGAAAAAGUUGUUUAUAAGGAAUCUCCAAGCACAGUUAUUGACUAUAGCAAAUUGAUUUACAAUCCUACUGAAAAAUUAAAAUUCUAAAAAGAUGGAAAAUGUCUCUUAUAUUUUUAUACACCUAGAGUUUACACUCAUACAUUUCAUAGAGCAAAAUAUUUUGUCCCUUUCUACUAUAUUUGCACAUUGAUAGGAAAUAAUCCUUUGUAUUUGACAAUGCCUGCAUCAAUGCCUCUUUAUUUUGUUGCUCAGUGUUUCUUGAUAUCUAGAAUGCUUUCUCAACAAGCUAAUUUGAGAAGAAUUCCCUAAGAAAUAUACCUUCUUGAAGAUGGUGAAACUAUAGAAGUUGUUUGGCUUAAGCAAUUCUACAGAAAACUAAAAGGUGAUCCAACCACUCAAAAUUUCCAUAUUACAUAAUUGUAAAAUCCCUAAAUUGGAGAUUAGUUUAGACCUCUUGGUGGUGAUUUGUUCCCUAGCACUAUGCCCUUUUAAGACAUUUAUCCUAUGAAAUAUGCUUGGACAAAAUAUUACUUUACUCCUUAGCAAUACUUUUUCAUUCCUAAAUAUUGCAAUUAUGUUAACAUGGAAGUGUUAGUCAACGUUUUUAACGGAAAAAUAGUUAAUACAUCUAAAGAUUAUGUUGAGCACAUUGAUUAUAAAUUAAAAGAUAAAUAUACUAAUGUAUGAAAUUAAUUAAAUUCCUCAUAUUUUCUCUGUAAUUCUUUUACUUAUAUUUCCCUUCAUCGACUUUUCAAAAAUUAAAUUUAAUUUUGCAGAUUUUCAACUUGCA